AUGGCCCGAGAGGACAGUUUGUACAUGGCCAGACUGGCCGAAGAGACUGAGCGCUACGAGGAUCUGGUUUUCUUCAUGAAGAAGGUCGUGGAAGCUGGCCAGGAACUGAAUGAUGAAGAGAGAAAUCUGCUCUCGGUUGGUUACAAAAAUAUCGUCGGCGGUUUCCGGACCAGUUGGAGGUCUCUUGCCCUCAUCGAACAGCGCGAUCUGGAGGCCGGCUCUCUUCGUUUGGACCUUUUAACGAAUUACCGUCGGCGUCUCGAGCUUCAGCUGCAGGCGACAUGCGACGAAGUCACCCAGCUGGUCGACAAGCUGUUUCUCCGUAUUGACACCGUCUGCGCGGCCCUCCUGAUCUUCACGUUUGACCUUCUCCGGACGUCGUUUUUUCCUCCUUGGCGUCGGUUAUCUUGUCAGGACGAGAAAUUCCGAACCGUUGUGGAGACCGCUCAUCGCGCCUACGAGGAGGCUUACGCCCUCGCCGAGGCAGAGCUCCCCGAAUGCCAUCCGGUCCGCCUAGGAAUUGCGCUCAACUACUCCGUCUUUUACUACGAGGCUCUCAUUGAACCAGACAAGGCAUGCGAUUUAGCGAGGGCAGCGAUCGACGCGAGCUCAGCAGUUGUGCACACGCUGGGCGAGGACCAGGCCAAAGACACCUUGGCGAUGAUGCAACUCCUCCAGGACAACUUGGAACUCUGGACAACUGAGACUCUAGAAGAGGGAGGCCCGCCGGAAGAGGCGGUGGAGGAGCAAUUGUGA